UCCAGACUUCCUCCUGCAUCCGGGCAGCGGGAGUCAGUGAGAGCCGCAGCGGGACUUGAGGUGCAUCAUGUGGGCUCGGAUGACGGUCGGGACCGGGGGCUCGGUGCUGCGCGCUUCCAGGGUCGGGCUGCGGGGCUGCGGGCCUGCAGGUCCCGGCAGGAGGCAGCAGCAGAGGCAGGCUUCUGGUUCAGAGGCUGCAUUGAAGAAGACUCCUCUGUUUGACUUCCACAGGCAGCAGGGAGGGAAGAUGGUGGAGUUUGCUGGCUGGAGUAUGCCGGUCCAGUACAAAGACAGCCACAUAUCCUCACAUAUGCACACCAGACAACACUGCUCCAUCUUCGACGUCAGCCACAUGCUGCAGACCAAAGUCCACGGCAGAGACCGGGUGAAGUUCAUGGAGUCUCUGGUGGUUGCAGAUGUCGCAGAGCUCAAGGACAACCAGGGUUCGUUGUCUCUCUUCACCAAUGACCAAGGAGGGAUCAUGGACGACCUCAUCGUGACAAAGACUGACCAGGGCUACCUCUACGUCGUCUCCAACGCCGGCUGUGCCGACAAGGACUCUGCUCAUAUGAAGGCCAGACUGGCAGAGUUCAAAGCUGCAGGUUUUGACGUGGAUCUGGAGUUCCUCGAUGAAGCACUGAUUGCUCUGCAAGGUCCCAGCAUGUCUCAGGUUCUCCAGGAGGGGCUGAAGGACGACCUCAGUAAGCUGACCUUCAUGACCUCCACCCUGGCCACGGUGUUUGGUGUUCCUAACUGCAGGGUGACUCGCUGUGGAUACACCGGAGAGGAUGGGGUGGAGAUCUCGGUGCCUAAAGGCAGAGUGGUUGAACUGACGGAGAAGCUGCUGACCAACGGGGAGGUGAAGCUGGCCGGUCUGGGAGCCAGAGACAGUCUGAGGCUGGAGGCGGGGCUCUGUCUCUAUGGCAACGACAUCGACGAGACCACCACACCUGUAGAGGCCACCCUGGUCUGGACCAUAGGAAAGCGCAGGCGUAAGACCAAAGACUUCCCCGGCGCCAACAUCAUCGUACCUCAGAUCAAAGCCAAGACAGACAGAAAGAGAGUGGGCCUGAUGUCCUCCGGUCCUCCGGUCCGUCAGCAUACUCCCAUCCUCAGCCCUGACGGGACGCUCAUAGGUGAGGUGACCAGUGGCUGCCCGUCUCCCUGCCUGAAGAAGAACGUCGCCAUGGGUUACGUGGACGCAGCGUUUGCUAAGAACGGAACAGACAUCCAGGUGGAGGUCAGGAAGAAAGCAGUACCGGCCACCAUCACCAAGAUGCCCUUCGUUCCCACCAACUACUACUCUGGAUAAGAUGCACUCAGACGGUCCUUUACAAAGGUCUAUAUUUAUCAAUGCUGCCCCCUUCUGGUUGCCUCCAGCAAUGCAACACCAAUAUAAAGUCAACAGAUUUUCACUGGUGAGAGAAAACAAUCCAAAACUAUAAACCUAAAUGCAAUAAAAUCUGUUUGCAGCACAUUAAGGGUAUAAAGUUUAGAGCAGAAUAAACAGGAUUAAAGAACAGGAAGUCAGAAAUAAUACGAAGACUCUGGAAACCACUGUGUCAGUAUUCUGGUUAAGAAUAGCAUGUUGGCAUUACCAUGGUUUCAUUAACAUGGUUCCAUUAACAUGGAUCCAUCACCAUGUUUCCAUCAACAUGGUUCCAUCACCAUGGUUCCAUCACCAUGGUUCCAUCAACAUGGUUCCAUCACCAUGGUUCCAUCACCAUGGAUCCAUCACCAUGGAUCCAUCACCAUGGUUCCAUCAACAUGGUUCCAUCACCAUGGUUCCAUCACCAUGGUUCCAUCAGCAUGGAUCCAUCAGCAUGGAUCCAUCACCAUGGUUCCAUCACCAUGGUUCCAUCACCAUGGUUCCAUCACCAUGGUUCCAUCAACAUGGAUCCAUCACCAUGGAUCCCUCAACAUGGUUCCAUCAACGUGGUUCCAUCACCGUGGUUCCAUCACCGUGGUUCCAUCACCGUGGUUCCAUCACCGUGGUUCCAUCAACGUGGAUCCAUCACCGUGGAUCCAUCAGCAUGGUUCCAUCAACAUGGUUCCAUCAACAUGGUUCCAUCACCAUGGUUCCAUCACCAUGGUUCCACCAGUGGAUGUAGUGUAGAGAAUCGUCAGCAGUUUACACAUGAGAUGCAUCAGUUCCCAUCAGUAAUGUGAGAAUGUGAGAUUCCAGUUUAUAGAUGCAGUUAAUAGAUGCUAUAUUAACACGGUUCAUAGACCAAGUAGUUUUCUAGUUUAUAAGCAGCUUAAACUGAAACAACUUGCUGCACAUUUAGUCAAAACUGCUAAAGUGAGUCUGUAGUUCCAUUAAAUGCUAGUAUUUAAUUAACUUUAUAUCAUAGAAUAAACAUGAUAUAAUUCCUAUUUGUCACCACUGGACCAAAACAAGAUUCCAAACUGCCUUUUUGAUGUUAAACCAUCACAAAUCUGCUUUUUUUAAAGUCUUCUGGUUGCCAUUGAAUACUAUAGUUGUAAACAGCUUGAUAAAGCAGGUAUUACUAUAUAAAUAUAUACGGGGAAAUAGAACAGGGUCGGCUUGUUAUCCUCCCAACAAACCUGUCAGGUCAGUUUGUUAUUUUUGCUCUUGGUUUAGUCAAAACCUUAAACAGUUUCUCAGAUAUUUCACAGUAUAAUAACAAGUCUAACUUUAAAAGAGAAGUUUACACUACAUGUGGUAUGAUAAUAGUCUUACUUGAAAUCUUAAUGACACUUUAGCUGUAAUUACAUUACUUAUAUAUUUAAUUUCUUUUUUAAAUUUAAUUUUGGACUUCUGUGUGUCUACAGAAAUAACGCUACUGAUUUAUGGGUUGAAGCUACGCUGUGUGUAAGUGUGGGCUUUAAUUUUCAUCUGAAUGUUGAUGUAAACAGGGUAAAUAAUAUUUUCUAUUUGAUUCAAAUAAUAUCUUUUCUUUAAUAAAGCAGAUGUCUGAUCUA